AUGGUUACUGAAAAAUUAAGGCUGUGUCUGACAGCUGUAAAUAUUCCACUGGGGACCUCUCGACAUAUAACAACAACCUCUGCUGCUUAUGUUGGUUCUAAACACAGAUUUUCCAAAGGAGAAGCCAUCAACAACUCCAGUUAUGGCCCACUUGUUGAUCUCCCAGACUAUACAUAUUUAGACGGCCGGCCAUCUGAACUGAGCAUACGCCAGGGACAACGACGGACAAAGAGAAUUGAAUUGGCUUCCAAAGUCUCUACCUACAUUGCUGAGAUGAUGGAAGCAAAGAAGGUCCACCAAAUAAAGCUGGAACAGAAAGCACGAGAAAGGGAAGAGUUAAUUAGGAAUCAACUAAAACCCAAAGUCCAUGAAUAAAUAAAUUAUAUUUGUAUAACCAA